UUUCAUCAUCGCGAGGUAGUCACCAGUGCGCGUGUGUACCCCGCAGUUCGACGAGUAAAAAUUGUUCUCUGAAAAAAUUGCAAGACCUCGUUGAAAAUGCCAGUGAUUCAUUGACAUCCGCUCAUGUAUUCACUCGAACAAAAUUCCUCGAUCGAUUUUUAUGCCCCCGUGACAACUCCACGAGUGUGUCAACACUCGAAAAAUCUCCAAACUCGCACUGUCCCCUGCACUUUGAAUCAGCUGACUGAUCAAAUCAAGGUAAAUUCAUUGUUGUGAAGAAACGUCAUGCGUUCAAAGGCAUUUGAUUACGUCAUGACAGGGUUACGACUCCGGGGGCUGUCGUGUUUGGCUCAGUCGAGUGGUGACCGGUUGUAGACGCAGGACUUCGGAUUUUUUCGUUUGCGAGGAUUUUGUUUCAACAAACGGGAGAUGAGAAUACGCGUGAUAUUCUACAAAUUCCGGGAGUUGUCCCUCAAGUACCCAGUGGUCAGGGGCAUGGCGGCGUAUUCGGUGAUCUGGCCAGCGGGAUGUCUGCUCCAGCAGAAAUUCGUCUCAAAGGAGGAACUGAAUUACCUCCAAGCUCUGAGGUUCAGCCUCUACGGGGGACUGUUCGUGGCACCGACUCUCUACGGUUGGCUAACGAUAGCCUCCCGAGUGUGGCCGAAGACCACACUAAAAUCCGCAAUUACCAAAGCUCUUGUGGAACAAGUCACGUAUGGGCCAGCGGCCAUGUGCUGUUUCUUCUUCGGUAUGAAUUUGUUGGAGCUCAAACCGGUCUCGGAAUGUGUGGAGGAAGUCAAAAGAAAAAUUUUUCCCACGUGGAGGAUGGGCAUCUGCGUAUGGCCAAUCCUUCAAACGAUAAACUUUGUCCUCAUCCCCGAGAGAAAUCGUGUCGUUUACGUCAGCAUCUGCAGUCUCGUCUGGACAUCUUUCCUCGCAUACAUGAAGUCCCUCGAUGCCAAGAGAUUACAAGCCGAGUCACUCCACGAGUACAAAACUGACUUGUCAACAGCCCUAUCACCGGUGGAAACCGAAACAACGAAUGUACAAACACCCACAAGUACCUCGAAAACGAAAGUACCAAGUACAUCACCUCAAUCCCUGGAAAAAAAAUCCAAUUAGAGCACUUUAUUUGAGUGACUUAUAUCCGUUAUCUAGUUAAUUGAAAUUGUACAUAUUUUUAUUUUAUUAUUUAUUGACAAAAAUAUGUGAAGAUAUUUAUAUUGUUAAUAGGUAUGUAUAAAUUAUUGAAAGUACUUAGAAUCUUCAGAAAUGUUCUAUUGUGAAAUGAGUCAUGUGUUCUUGCGAUCUCCUAUAUUUGACAAUAAAUUAUGUAUAUAAAAUAUAUAUAUA